CUUUAAAUUACGCUUUUUCUUUUCUAAUUUUUAUUUUUCUAAAUGUCCGAUUCUAUGAUAGGACUAGAUAUGGAGACAGGAUUAGUUGGAAGUUGACCGAUUUCGAGUUAAAAGUGAAAAUCAUUUUCUUAAAAUAGAACGGUCGCCAUAUUUUAUUAUUUUCGAUCCAAAAAGUGUGAGGUGUAAACACUUUAAAAGAUUUUGUCCUGGAGACGAUCGGUUAAAGCCCUUACACUUAUCCCUUUAAAAAUUGGCUUGUGUUUUAUGAUGUAAUGAAAUUCGUAGUGUUUUCAUGAAGGUGUUGUGAAUAUUGAAGAUCUAAUAAAAUGGGAGAUGCUGCUGAUAUUACUUUUGAAAAAGCUGAAUCUGGGGCAUCCUUGACCUACCCAAAACAGUGUUCAGCUCUGCGUAAAAAUGAGUAUUGUCUUAUUAAAAAGAGACCAGUUAAAAUUGUGGAGAUGACAACUUCCAAAACUGGUAAACACGGUCAUGCUAAGGUACAUCUAACUGGUAUAGAUAUUUUUAAUGGAAAGAAAUAUGAAGAUAUUUGUCCAUCAACUCAUAAUAUUGACGUACCACAUGUCAAACGUUUAGAUUAUCAGUUGGCUGAUAUUCAAGAUGAUGAUUAUGUAUCCCUGAUGGACGAUAGUGGAGUGACUCGAGAUGACCUGAAACUACCAGAUGGUGAUUUAGGUGAAAAUAUAAGAAAAGCUUUCGAUAACGGUGAUUCCCUUGUUGUCAGUGUUAUAUCUGCCAUGGGAGAAGAAAACAUCCAUGCUUUUAAGAAAAUGGUAGAUUAAAUAACGAGUUAAAGCCAUGCAAUCUUUUAUAAUUAUAUUAUAUGAUAAAUGAUUGGGUUGGAUAAUUUGAGGAGAGAAAAUGUGAAAAACUUAACUUAAACUUGGCUAUAAAUCAGGAAAUUACACGGAAAAAUGGUAGUUUUAAUUUAUCAUAAAUAUAACAAAUGAUGCAAAAAAAAUAAUUGACCAAAUUCAUUGGAAAUUCAUUAUUUUUCUAAGUUUUUUAUUUCGCAAAUUUUAAACUGUUCAAUUUGCAAUAAUUCUUGCUCUGAUGAAUUCAAAAUUUGAUACAAUACAAUACAAUUUCAAAUUAAAAGAUAAAGGAUUUAUGAAAAGUUGAAAAAAAAAAAAAAAAAUUGCGAGAAAAAAACGCAAGUGAUGAAUUUCCAAUGUAUAUUCCAAUAAUAGUGCUGUAAUAAAUUUUGGAAAUAAUAAUGUGUAUUAUUUCUUUUUAAUCAAUUUAUUUGUAUUUUGAAUUUCGAAAAAGGUGUUGAUAAAAUUAAAUCAUAUGUACAAAUUCUGUGGUAUACUUGUUCUAAAAUUUUGAAUUUGUUUCUAAAAUUAUUUUUGAUUUUAAAAGUUGAUUUUAUUUGGGUUAUGUAGUAAAAAAAGAAAUUGGCCACCUUAUAUCAAUUUAUAGACAUGUAUAAACUUCGCUUAAUUUUGGAGAUAACACAUGCUUUUUUGUAAACUAAACGCUAAAGUUAUUUAAUCAGAUUUUGAAUAUAUGCUCACUCAUUUUAGUGCUCUAUUUAUGCUAGGUAAGGGGAUGGGUCUCACUUUGUUUUCAAAAUUUCAAAAAAUUAGUCAACCCCAAGGAAAUUUAGGACAUUGCCUUACUGUUACCCCCAGCUUGGCCUUGUUAAAUAUUUGACCCACAAUUGAAAGAUAAAUUUGUUUUUGUGUUUGACUGUAUUUCUGCUGUUUUUUCGAAUUACAAUGUUUUUUUUUUCUUUUUUCAAAUACACCUAUUGUUUCUUCUGAUGCUCCUUGUGUUUUUUCGUCCCUGCCAUUUCUCAAG